AUGGUCACUUCCGAAUCUCGAGGCUCACCCCCUCAACGAACUGGCAGUAUUCCUGGCCUCUCUUCCCAGGAAGAGCCCAUGAGGGCGGGAAAUGAUCGGCCAUCCUCGGACAGCCCAUCUUUUCCCUCAGGGCAGAAGAAUAUUCACGUGCUGGCCACUUCGAAGCUGGUCAAUCAAGCAGGACCCAAGCCGACAACCGAAGGAUCCAAAAUGACCGACUCUUAUCCGAUGGACAAGCUCUUGGCAAGGCUGUCAGAGCAGCAAGCCGUGCUCAAUCAACAAAAUGAGGCUCUCAAAUCUGGGGACGACGAUGGAAACAUGUGUCAACGACUUCCUGGGCACACAUCUUCUAGCAAUUCACUUCCCAUUACGCCAGCGACGGAUGGCUUCUCCUCAACAGCACCAAGCACUCGCCCAGCUAGUGCUACUCUGGACGAAACUCGCCCCGACUCGGAUGAAGUCCUCCGUCUCAAACUUCAGCUAGCACAAGCUCAAAGCAAGAUAUCCAAACUGGACCAGGAGUUGGCCACCCGUGGAAUGAAGGGUGAAGCAGAUCUACAAGGCAUCAACACCAUUCGUGGUAUUGGUAUCGGCACAGCUGUGCAUGAUAGUGCCUGGGUUAACACUGAUGAUGACCAGUCAGAUACUAGUGAUGCCUUAUCAACCACAAAUUUUACCCGAGCCCGGGGCAUUUGGGGGACGACCAAGGCAUCUUUUCCUGGUGGCGUUAUUCAGGGAGAAGCCGUCGAACCACAGCCCGGCACAUGGCUGGGAGGGCGAGGCUUCAACCACAGUUUCACUGAUUCAAGCUCUUCAUACCAGUUGAUGGAUAGCUACCGUGGGGAUCGCCUGAGCCCAGAUCCAGACCUCGUCAUGCGCCAAUCAGCCAGUCGUCGGCCGAAUCGGUAUGACCAUAGAGUCACUAACUCUCACCACUUCAGCAACGCUGGAUACAAUCAGUCAAAUGGACCUACAACUCCGUUCGAAGCAAUGGGCGGACCAAUGCCGUCUGGAAAUAUGCACCCACCUCCUGGGCUUGGUGCCAUUGGCCUCGCGGCUUAUCCUGGAUAUCAGCAACAGCAGCCACCAGGAACGACACUGUCGCCCCAUGCGUCUGAAUUUACAUCCAAGACGCACUGGAAGAACGAGGGUCUCCCUACCGAAGGCCCGACCUACUUACCCCCAACUGAACCUCUCAACUAUCGGCGUCUUCUCGACCGUAAUGUGACAUGCAAUUGGAAAUACAUAGUCGACAAGAUUGUGUGCAAUAAUGAUCAGCAAGCUUCCAUAUUCUUACAGCAAAAGUUAAAAGUUGGCACUCCAGACCAGAAAUACGAUAUCGUCGAGGCCAUUGUUGCCCAGGCUUACCCUCUGAUGGUAAACAGAUUUGGCAACUUUUUAGUUCAGAGAUGCUUUGAGCACGGAACUCCUGAGCAGGUGAUUAAGAUUGCACAAGCCAUCCGUGGUAACACUCUCAAUUUGUCCAUGGACCCCUUUGGAUGCCAUGUGGUCCAAAAGGCAUUCGACUCGGUACCUGAGGAGUACAAGGCAAUCAUGGUCCACGAGCUUCUGCGCCGCAUCCCCGAAACAGUUAUACAUCGAUAUGCUUGCCAUGUAUGGCAGAAGCUCUUUGAGCUUCGAUGGACUGAAUCUCCACCGCAAAUUAUGAAAUACGUUAAUGAAGCUUUGCGCGGCAUGUGGCACGAAGUAGCUUUGGGCGAAACUGGCAGCUUGGUUGUUCAGAAUAUCUUUGAGAAUUGUUUGGAGGAAGACAAGCGCCCUUGCAUCGAGGAAGUUCUCGCCAACAUUGAUAUUGUUGCGCAUGGCCAGUUCGGAAACUGGUGCAUCCAGCACAUCUGCGAACACGGCGCACCGCCUGACCGUGGAAGGGCGGUCGACCACGUCAUUCGGUACGCCGCUGAGUACAGCACCGAUCAGUUUGCUUCCAAGGUCGUGGAGAAGUGUUUGAAGAUUGGAUCUAGUGAGUUCCUGGGUCGUUACCUGGACCGUGUUUGUGAGGGCCGCCUGGACAGGACUAGAAUCCCGUUGAUUGACAUUGCGAGUGACCAAUAUGGCAACUAUCUGGUGCAGUGGAUUCUCAACAAUGCUUCACCUCAGCAUCGUGAAAUGGUGGCGGCCCACAUCCGAAAGCAUAUGGUUUCCCUUCGAGGCUCCAAGUUUGGAUCCCGAGUUGGCAUGCUCUGCACCAACCACGCCGUCACCACUCGGCCUGGACCUGGUGUUGGACCCAGCAUGGGGAGUCGCAUUGGACCCGCGCCGCGAUUUGCAGGGGCAUAUCGUUAA